GAUGACUACGCCGGUAAACAGAUCCGGCAAACAUCGAUAGUGACAGUAAUCUUAUUUCCGCGUACUGUGAAUAAAUGUGAAGGAAUUUCGCCGGAACACCCCUUCAGAUCCUGGUCACGUCGACAGGAAGUACAACUAAAGGCAUCUGAACUCCAAGACAAGGACGCGUGACAAAUGAAACACUCUCCAGAAAGCUGCAAGUAACUAAGGACUCUUUGACAUUGACAUUAAGAUCUGAUCUGAUGUUGGUUGCACUCUACAGUGACACACUACAAAUGAGAAUCGGACAUCGAGAACAUUGAAGAUGGCUGAUCUCUCAAGCAUUCAAAUGGACUUAAACGAGAGAGGGUUUGAGAAAGAUUUGGAAAGUCCUUUCCUUCUGGACUCGAAGGUUGUAAAAUUGUACGACUACCACGAUGUCCCGUACUUCCUAAGAGGAAAUCCUUACGUUACGUCUGGUUACCGGGCCUUCUUAUCGUUCAGAAUGUGCGUCAAAAGUCUCUUUGUAAUGUCGAAUGAGUCCAUCAACAUCUGGUCCCACUUACUUGGAUUCUUGUAUUUCUUUUACCUUCUCCUUGUUGAUAACUUGGCCAGGAUUCCAGAACACGAUGGAACUUUUUCUGAUCAUGUGGUGUUCACUUGUUUACUUAUUGGCUACAUGAUUUGCAUGUUCUUUUCUGCCAUCUAUCAUUUAUUCUGCUGUCACUCUGAGAGAGUUUUUCAUCUUUGGUUGUCACUUGACUUGGCUGGCAUCUCACUUGGUGUGUGCAGCUGCUAUGUGCCUGCCAUUUACUAUGCAUUUUAUUGUCAUGUGACUUGGCAAAGCAUUUACCUGGGUGGUGCGAUUCUUCUGACUUUAGUUUCAUUAGCAUUUCAAUUUCAUCCUUCUUUCUUGACCUCUCAUUGGGCAAGUAGACGUCUUUUACUCUUCUGUAGCCUAGUGGCAUAUGGUGUGGUCCCAGCAAUCCACUGGGUACUUCUGCUUGGAGGAUGGAAUGACUUCUCUGUGAGGCUCUUUGUUCCUAAAGUGGUUGUUAUGUAUUUGCUGGGAAUUCUUGCUCUAGGAUUUUAUGCACUUAAAAUACCAGAAAGAUAUUUCCCAGGUAAACUGAACUAUGUUGGAUCCAGCCAUCAAUGGUGGCACCUUUUUAUUGUAUUAGCUUUUUACUGGUGGCACAGAUCAAAUCUCAUUUAUAUGAAGUACAGAUUGGAAUAUCAGUGUUUAACUAACACUGAACUUUCAACUUCUGACUCACCCUUUGAACUCAACAUUCUCAAGUAGAUAACUGAAAAUAAGAUAUUUUAAAUUCAUGAAUAAUUAAAAUUAAACUUGGUUUAUUUUCAAAA